AUGGAAAACGAUGAACAAACAGAGGUAGCUGCGGAGGUUAAAGGGACCGCCUCGAAUCCGAUUGUUAAACUACCUGCCGGUCUCCUCAAGAAAGUUAGAGAACCAUGGAAAAAAUGCCUCAUUGUGAGACUUUUGGGAAGGAAUAUUGGUUACAAUUUGUUUGUUAAUAGAAUAAGGAAACUGUGGAAUUUACAAGCGGGCUUUGAAACUUUGGACAUUGGAAAUGGAUUCUUCAUAGUAAAAUUUGAAAUGAUGGAGGACUACUCUAAGGUUUUCACAGGGGGACCAUGGAUCGUGAUGGAUCGGUACGUGACAGUCUGUAAAUGGCAACCUGAUUUUAAAUCUGAUGAGGCGGAGGCGGACACAACUGCAAUUUGGGUCAGGUUCCCAAACCUCCCUAUUGAGUAUUACGAUGAAAAGGUUCUUUACCAUAUCUCGAAGGUGCUUGGUAAUCCUUUAAAGGUUGACAUUAAGACUGCCAUGGUAGCACGAGGAAAAUACGCAAGGGUCUGUGUUGAAAUGGACCUCCGUAAACCGCUUAUUUCACAUCUUACUAUUGGGUGA